GGCCUUCUCCAUCAUAAACACCCCAGUGUGAAUAUCCAACAGGAUAAGAGAACUCAAUCAAGUCGCCAAACUUGGCAUUGUCCUCAAUGUAUUGAAUCUGUGUUAGUACAUAAUAGUCAUAAUAAUUCUAAUCAGGUCCUAAACGCAGUCGUAUUUAUUUCAUACAGCACAUGGGGCCAAAUUCUCCCAUUUGCGCGUACCCCAUUACCCCACUUUUAUUACCCUCUCUAUGUUUGUGGUUAUUUUACCCUGGAAAAUCCAGAGUUCUCACAAGAGCAUGAUUUGAAUUGUCUCUGCCAGACUCUGGCUAGGAGUAAUGAUGCAUGUUACUUUUGCCACUUGUAUCGCGGGGAGCCAAUCACAUCGGUGUAUCUGAUGACAAUCCAGUUGCGUACAGAGUCAUUUGAACUAUGCCCGUUGAUCACGCCUCUUGUGCAAUAGAAGAUACAUAGCUCCCCAGACCAAUGUUCAAUCUUAAAAGAUAACUCUUAUGGUAACUCUUAUGUCUGAUCACCAUUCUUGUUUUACUCAAGCUUACGCAUCUAACUUAAGUUAACAAUAAAUGUACAAACAUAGCAGAUAGUUGUCUUGUGUCAUACUUUACAUUACAUGAAACUUCAAUACAACGUUAUGGGAAAUAUUUGGUUUAGUGGUCUCUUGACUGUUUUGGGAAUUCCGUUUACUCAGGGUAGGAUUCAGGUGGAGCUCCACGAGGCAACCAUUGCCAUCACAGAAGAAAAUGGACUCUCUUUUAAACUGAAUGUCAGAGUAAAACAAGGCAACAACUUUCUUUCUGCAAGCUUUGACAUUGCUAUGAAGAUUGAAUUUGAGGGAAACCGCCUGGUUCUGGUCUCUACAGAUGUCAAGUGUGAUGUUCAAUCUGGCUGGUCUCGGAUAAUUGUAAAUUAUGGCGUGACACGGGGGCUUAGAAACUACUUGGACAGACUACCAAUACCUCUACCUGAAGGAAUGAGCUUCACUGCGACAAAUAUUGAAUAUCAUGAUCUGGCUCUGUGCUACAAGAGGAAGAAGACGGACCUGCUCCGUGGAGACGCAAGGGGCAGAGGGCAAGAGGUCAAACAGCUCAUCAGACAGCCCAUCACUCUGAAGUCAGACUUCCUUUUAGCCAAGGCUGAACUUGCACUCCUCUAUGGGAAGAAUAAGGAGAUGUUCAAGACCAUAUUAAAAGAGGCUGAGGAGAAAACUGACAUGCUUCAGAUUAUACACCAUUACUGUGGCGAAUUUCACCAUUACCAAAACAAAUCUGAGACACAGGCUGUCCACCACUACACAGAGUGUAUGAGACUUGGGCAAGACACACAUUAUGGGAAGCAGAGUGCCUACCAGCUGAAGAAGAUGGCAUCAAAACGCCUCAUUAGGGAUCCCAGUGAUGGAGAGGCUCUUGGGAUCUUGGGAUUCAUCCAUAAGAUAGAUAGAUAGAUAGAUAGAUACUUUAUUGAUCCCCGAGGGGAAAUUCAGGUUUUAUUUAUUUAAUUAAUUUAUUUUUUUAGAUAGAUAGAUAAAUAGAUACAUUUUAAGGCAAAGGGGAAGAAAAGUGAGGCCAUUGAGUACUACGCGAAAGCCCUGGAAUUUGAUUAAAACAACGAGGAGUAUCUCAAUGCCCUUUCUGAACUUGAACAGUUGUCUUUGCAGUAAUUCUGCUUUCAUGUCACAUUAAGAAGAAAGGCUGAAUGAAUGGAUACACAUACAUGAUAUUUCUCUCAACACUUAAAGUGUUUUCUCUACAAAUGCACUUAUUCACUUUCAAAACAUUUUUUUUUGUUUUCCUUAAUGGCCAGGUUCUUGAGGAAUUGUUCAAUUUGAUACAUUCUUAAACAACAAACUACAGUUUUGUGUGACGGAGGGGAUUUGUGUCUAAGCAGGUGGUCAGCAGCACAGGUGUACUCUCACCUUUCCUCUAUUGGUGUUUUACUGCAGACUAGAUACAGGGAACUGGCGAACCACUUUGUGGUAUAUGGGCAAAUCCACUAACGUUUGGUAUUGCAUUUGGUUUCAAGAAAGAUGACUGUGCAUAAUCUUAUUCUUCAGAAAUUAUAGAGUUAAAAGUUGUACAGUUAAAAGUUAAGAUUACCAGAACUUGGGAAAGACUUGCUAUUACAUUUUAGGCAUGACUGUAUUUUAUGUCCUUUCAACCAGGCCUAUUACUGUAAUACAUAUAAGGUAGAGCAAGCCCACAUUUUGUGUCUUUACAUAACUAACAAUAAUUUGACAUUCUGAACUUUUUUUCUCAUCUUAUUCAUUACUGUAACAGAUAGAGAUGUAUUUUAUUGCACUGUAAUUGCCAUUUAUAUAAUGCCUGAUUUGUGAUUAAAUAAAGUACCUGAGGUCGCUCUAACACUA